AGUAAUUACUUUACAACAGCAGACCGGUUGAAACAUUUUAUUCACACGGCUAUUCCAAUAAUUCGAACUGUAUAUGUCUUUAUCAGGCGCAUUUAACCAGCCACGACGUUAAGCAAUCACACUAUGAGAAAUCGAUUCAUAGGACGAUUUUUUUCCUUUCUUUGUCAUGGAUUUUCUUGUACACGUAUCUCCUAUGUACGAAUAAAAGCGAUUGUCUCAGGAGGGAGAAACUGUAGAAUGGUUUCUUGUUCUUUGCCGAGGCCACAGUCAUCUGUACAUGUAAUACCUUCGCGCAUUAAGUUUUCAGUUAUGGAUCUUUCAAUAGCUUUAUUCAUCAUCGUAAUUGGAAUUUCUCAUUCGACAACUGUCAAUGGAAUAGACUUUCAGUGUCCAAAGAAAAACGGUCAAUUUGAGGAUCCUGUGCAAUGCGAUAAAUUUUAUGAAUGUAAAGAUGGUAUAGCAACAGCCAAACUCUGUCCUGACGGAUUAGUUUUUGAUCCGUUGAAUAGAAAGGUCAACAAAUGUGACCAACCAUUUAGUGUGGACUGUGGUGAACGAACUGAACUUCAAAAUCCUCAAUCUAAUCACUUAUGCCCCAGGCGAAAUGGGUACUUUGCACACCCUGACGAGAAAAUUUGCAACAUUUUUUAUAACUGCAUAGAAGGCGAAGGAACAGAAAUAGUAUGUCCGAAUGGCUUGCACUUUGACGAGUACGCGGGAACAUGCGCUUGGCCAGCCACUGCCGGCAGGACCGGAUGUGGCGAACCGGAAGAAAUGAAACUCAAAGAUGGAUUCACUUGCCCAAAAGAAAAACAACAAUCGUCUAGAGUACAGAAUGUAGCACAUCCAGUGUACUCACAUCCGGAUGAUUGUCAAAAAUUCUAUGUAUGUCUUAAUGGAAUAACACCCAGAGAACAAGGCUGUUCUGUUGGUGAAGUAUUCAAUGAGCAAUCUCAAAAAUGCGAUCGACCUGAAAUGGUACCUGGAUGCGAGGAUUGGUAUAAAGAUGACCCACAAGUACAAAACAAGAAUAAAAAAACCACAUAAUCCUAAAUUAAUUAUGUUUUAGUAUUAAUUAUAAUAUACAUUAAGCUAAGUCAUUUUUUUCAUAUAUUUUGUUAAUAAUUAAAUGUAUAGUUGUAUUUAUUAAAUAAAAUACAAUUAAUAAAUUGUUUUUCAUUGAUUCAAAUUUAAAAAAA